AGGUGGGUAUGUCAUACAGUCAGUUGAUACUUGUCUUAACCUGUCUUAGUUUCUUGACCUCUCUGUUCAGUGUCUUAUACUUUCUGUAAUGAAUGAGGUAAAUAUAAAAUAUUACAUAAUAAACUUUUGACGAUAUCUGUUUAGGUGAAAAUGAAAAACGUACAGGGAAGUUCCAAGAAAUCUAGGUUCAGUGAAUUGACCCCUUGUCACAAUGUAUAUUUGACUAUACGGAUUCUAUUUCAUGGCCGAGAAGUUGGAAAUGUGAUUGGUAAAGGAGGUGAAACUAUAAAGUUUAUAAGAGACCAAUCUGGUGCUAGAGUUGAAUUCACCCAUGUUACGAAUCUCGAACGUAUUGCGAUCAUAACUGGAACUACACAUGCAAUUUGUAAAGCUACUGAACUCAUUGGACUCAAAGUAAAAGAAUUUUUUGAGAGAGAAAAUUUUAAUGGGAAUGGCCCCAAACAACCUUUGACUUUUAAGUUAAUUGUUCCAGCAUAUCAAUGUAGUUUCAUUAUCGGCAAAAGAGGAUAUAAAAUAAAAAAAAUUAGAGAAUCAUCUGGAGCAUAUAUACAAGUGUCGUCAAACAUGUUACCAAAUUCAACUGAACGUCUAGUUUCAAUUACUGGUACUACGGACAAAGUAUCUCAAUGUAUUUAUAAUGUGUGCAACAUCCUAUUAUAUUCCCCGAGAUGUUCUGUAAUCUCCUAUGAACCUCCUAAGAAGACUGCAGGAUUGGCUCGUAAAGCAGUUUUUAAUGAUUUUGGAAGAUACUGUCAAGGUAUUAGUUCAGCCAAAUUUGCAGCUCAUGGGUUCGGAGCUAUAUCAACUGGAAGUAUCAAUGUAGCUGCCUUGCAUGCAUUAGCUGGAAGUCAGUUGAGAACAACUAAUCAUCAAAACUAUAAUGGUGGGAGGGUACAAACAAACACUGAGACAAUAUCAAUAACUGUACCUAAUGAUUUAAUCGGAUGUAUUAUUGGCAGGAAAGGAAGUAAAAUCACAAAAAUGCAACAAAUAAGUGGUGCUAUCGUUCAUGUAACUAAUCGUAAUUUAGCUCAAAAAAAUGGUGAAAAUCGGUAUCGGCACAUAACAAUUACAGGAAACAAAGAUUCUGUUUCAAUUGCCAAGCAUUUGAUUGAAGUGAGAUUAGAAAGACUCAAAGCCAAUCGUAAGGGGGCAAACUCAUCCUCAAGUCCUAACGAUGGGCCCGCCAUCCCAAUGGCUCAAUUAUUUGAAAAGCCGGGUACCAUUCAUGCCCUAUCCAGCUUAUCUGCUCUAGGCGACCCGAACUACCACUUUGAAAGCUCAUCUGGCACCAAUCAAUCCCCUCCAAUACAGACCACUGGUUUCAAUCGCACGAAAAAUUAUUUCUAA